ACCUGUUUGACUUGGAGUUUACUGUACCUCCAGAGCCUUCUACAACCCUGCAGCAGACUCUAGCUCCUCCAGAGGAUCCAGAGGUGACACUUCCACAUCCAGAACAUGUUGAGGCUCAGAGUCCAAAUUUGUCUGAAGUCACAGUUCAACCUUUAGAUCUGGAGCUUACCAUAACACCAGAACCCAUUACAGAGGUUGAAACUUCAACCAUGCAAGAGACUCCAGGUCCUCCUUUAGAGCCACCUGACGAGUCUGUAAUGCAGCCUCCCAUGUAUCGGGAGGUGACAGUUCCAACUCCAGGUCAGGAUCAAGCUCGGCAUCUAUUGUUACCCAAUGUAACGGUUCAGCCUUUGGACUUGGAGCUUACCCUAACUCCAGAACCCACCACAAAAGUUGAACAUUCUACAACCGUGAGUAAAACUACUGUUCCUCCAAAGGACAUGGAAGUGACAUUUGCACAUCAAGAGCAGGUUCAAGCUCAGCAUCCAAUCUUGACUGAAGUCACAGUUCAGCCUUUGGACCUGGGGCUUACCAUAACUUCAGAAUUCACUAAGGAGAUUGAACUUCCUCAACCUAUGCAGGAGACUCCAAUCCAGCUUCCAGAGCCACCUAAGGAGGUUACUGUAGCUCAAUCUCCAGUAUAUCAGGAGGAGACCAUUCCAACACCAGGUUGGGAUCAAAUUCAGCAUCCAUCAUCACCCAGUGUAACAGUUCAACCUUUGGACCUGGAGCUUACUGUAAGUCCAGAACCCACUACAGAAGUUGAACAUUCUACAGCCCUGAAAAAGACUAUAGCUCCUCCAAAAGACGUGGAGGUGACAUUUGCACAUCUCGAGCAGGUUCUGUCUCGCCGUCCAAACUUGACUAAGGUCACAGUUCAACCUUUGGACCUGGAACUUACCAUAACUCCAGCAUCCACUACAGAGAUUGAACCUUCUCCAACCAUGCCUCUAGAGCUGCCUAAGGAACUUGUAGCUCAACCUUCCAUAUAUCAAGAGGCAGCAGUUCCAACGUCAGCUCAGGAUCAAGCUCAGCACCUGUGGUCACCAAAUGUGACAACACAACCUUUGGCCCUAGAGCUUACCAUAAGUCCAAAACCCACUACAGAGGUUGAACAGUCUACAACUCUGCAUCAGACUACAGCUCCUCCAAAGGACCUUGAGGUGACAUUUCCACCAUCAGAGCAGGUUCAGGUUCAGCAUUCAACCUUAAAUAAAGUCAAAGUUAAACCUUUGGACUUGGGGCUUACCAUAACUCCAGAACCUACUACAGAGACCAAACCUUCUCCAACCAUGCAAGAGACCCCAACUCAGCCUCCAGAGCCACCUAAGGAGGUUGUAGUUCAAUAUCCAUUCCAUCAGGAGGGGACAGUUCCAACCCUAGGUCAGGAUCAGGCUCCGUAUCCAACUUUACCCAGUGUCACAGUUCAUCCUGUGGACAUGGGACUUACCAUAACUUCAGAACCUACUACCCAGGUUGAACGUUCUACAACCACCAAGACUACAACUCCCCCUCCAAAGGACCUUGAGAUGACGCUUGCGCAUCUCGAGCAGAUUCAGAGGCAACAUCCAAACCUGACUGAAGUCACUGUUCCACCUAUGGACCUGGAAAUUACUGUAACUGCAGGAUCCAAUAUGGAAGUUGAACCUUCUCCAGCCAGGCAAGAGACCCCAACUCAGCCUCCAGAGCCACCUAAGGAGGUUAAAGUUCAAUAUCCAUUUCAUCAGGAAGUGAUGAGUCCAACUCCAAGUAAGGGUGAAGUCCAGCAUCCAGAAUCACCCAGCAUCACAUUUCAUAAUGGGGGCUUGGGGCUUACCAUUACUCCAGAACCUAUUACAGAGGCUAAACAUUCUGCAACCACGAAGAAGACUACAGCUCCUUCUCCAGCGGACCUUGAGGUGACACUUGCACAUCGAGAGCGUGUUCAGAGUCAACAGCCAAACCUGACUAAAGUCACUGUUCCACCUAUGGACUUGGAAAUUACUGUAAGUCACCAACCAGAGUCAUCUGAGUCGGUUCUCCCCCCAACGACUCAGCCCUCAGUGGUGCAUUUUGCAAAAUACUUCCCAGAAAAGGCAUAUACAACUUUCACUGAGCAGCCAGAACAGAGUGUUACCACAAAUGUCAACAUAUGUGAGCUCUGUACCUGCAAAGAUGAGACGCUAUCGUGUACUGGUUUCAGCCCAAAGCAGAGGCUCCGCAGAGUGCCUGUGCCAGAGCCCAACACGGACAACAACACCUUCACCAUCUUAAAUUUCCAAGGAAACGCUAUUUCUUACAUUGAGGAGAAUACAUGGAAGCCAUACCGUUGGACUGAGAAAUUAAUUCUCAGUGAAAAUUAUUUGACUGAAUUACAUAAGGACUCAUUUGAAGGCCUGCUAUCCCUACAGUAUUUAAUUCUCAGUCAUAACCCUCUGACAACUGUUGAAGAUUCAUAUCUUUUUAAAUUGCCAGCAUUAAAAUAUUUAGACAUGGGAACAACACAGGUGUCACUUUCAACAAUUGAGAGCAUUCUCAUGAUGACCCUUGAAUUGGAAAAACUGAUAUUACCUAGCCGUAUGUCCUGUUGUCUCUGCCAACUCAAAAAUAAUAUUGAGGUUGUUUGCAAGACAGUCAAGCUGCAUUGUGACGGUGAAUGUUUGACAAAUGCCACACGUUGUGAUGAAAAAGCAUCUAUAAUGAAUGUAGAAGGAUCAUUCAUGAAGGUAUUAAAAGCCCGGAAGAAGAGUACCAGUACUGAGCUGACAAUUGAGCCAGAGAAGGCAUCCUCAGACAAAAAUGGCAUCGGUCUGUCAGCCUUUAUGAAUGAGCAGUUAGACUUUAAUGAUGAAAGUGAUGUUAUCAGUGCGCUGAAUUACAUAUUACCUUAUUUCUCAGAGGGAAAUGUAGAAGAUGUAGAAUCAACAUUACUACCAUUCAUUAAAACUCUGUUUUCAAAUGUUCAAGAUGGAGACAAGCCUGUGGGUUACUUGAAAAACAACACAAAGAGCCCUUCUCUUGAACCUGGACCCAACAAUUCAACUUACAAAAAUAAACUGAGGAAACUCUCUUUCCUGGAAAAUUUGUUAGAUGCAGAAAUUCAAGAAAAAAUUGAUGAGGUAAAAAAGAAAGAAAAAACUGCCAUGCUUAUACCUCCCGGGAUUUUAGGUCCCAAAUUUAAGAAAUUGGAAACUGCCCAAGGACAGGAAAAGACCCUUCCCAAGGCUAAGAAUUUACGGAAGAGGUGGUUUAGAAAAAACAGUGUUCUCAAGGGCCCCAAGGACCUACAGAAAAGGCACUACAAGGAAGUGGACGUUCAGAGCACCCAAGGGAAACAGAGUGCCCAGUCAUUUGUGAAGAACAUGGCCAAAGAAAGAAGGCUCAGUGGACCAUCCCCAAGGGAGCUGGAGGAGCUUCACAUGGCCCAGAGGCCCAGGAAAUUAGUGGGAAACUCCGUCCACACAGAGUCUUCAUUCAUAAAGGAGCACAAGGCAGCAGCCUCUUCUUUCCCGAAGCAAAACAUAAUGGGCAAGCCUUCUGCCUCCACUGCUCCAAAAUCCCUACCUAAGGUGAAAAACAAAUCAGAAGACUCAACCUACCCCAUUGUUGUUUUAGAAGAUGCGAAUGCUAGAGUUAGGGAAAUGGAGGCUUCCAGACCAGUCUCGCAUUCUGGAAAAAAGUAUAUUUUCCAUAAAAUUCGCUCACGUAUAGUCCAAAGAACACCCAAGACCAAAAAAAGUAAAAAGUUCAGAAAGAAAAACUCACUCUCGAAUAGAUUGAUGCCUGCACAGAGGCCUCCAUUGCCUGCCGUCAGGAGCCUCAUCGAUUCCCCUUCACAGGAGGCUAUUUCAUCUUCAGAAAAACGAAUUCAGGAAAAUCCUUUUCCAGAAUUAUUUACUCUUUCAGAACCUUCUAAAGAAAACACUACUGUAGAAAACACUACUGCACAGAAUGCUUCUGAAGAAAUUAUUUCUCCAGGAAGCACUACUGUAUCAGAACAAACUCCCCCUGAAUUCACAAACCGUAGGAAUCUUUCCAAUACAUAUUCUACUACCACCAGAGACAACUUUGUGCCGACUGUUAAACAAACCAAUGAAACACAAUGGGAAUACCACAACUUGGUCACUGACUUGCCCCCAAAGCCCACAGGCUUCAGUGUUGCAAAGCUCUCAUCUGCAGGUGAUCUAUUUGAAAUUCAGCUAAACCAGCAGCUACGGUCCCUCAUCCCGAAUAAUGACGUGAGAAGGCUCAUUUCUCAUGUUAUCCGGACUUUGAAAAUGGACUGCUCUGAGACCAAUGUGCAACUGGCCUGUGCCAAGCUUAUCUCCAGAACAGGCCUCCUGAUGAAGCUUCUCAGCGAGCAGCAGGAAGUAAAGGUGUCCAAGGCAGAGUGGGAUACAGACCAAUGGAAGACUGAGAACUAUAUCAAUGAGAGCACAGAAGCCCAGAGUGAACAGAAAGAGCAGAAGUCAAGUGAGCCAACAAAAGAAGUUCCAGGUUAUGGCUAUAACAACAAACUCAUCUUGGCAAUAUCUGUGACUGUAGUAGUAAUGAUUUUGAUUAUAGUUUUCUGUCUCAUUGAGAUUUAUUCUCAUAGAGCAGCACCAGUGGAAGAUGAAGAAGGAGGCUCAAGGCUCUUCUUUAAUUCUCUGCUGUAUAAGAGAUGUUCAAUCCAACGGGAGAAUCAGGGCUUUUUCUGGAGAAGGCGGCCACUUUGGCUUCGGGACAUGUACAGACCUCUCAAUGCCACACGGAAGAAAAACAUGGCACAGAAGCUACACGACAGGGAUUCUUCUGAUGAGGAUGAGAUUUUCAACAAGGAACCAGGAGAGAAAGGUGGUGCCCCAGUAGAGAAGCCUCGGGCUGCAGAUUCAGCUGCUGAAGACCUGGGUGAGGAGAGCGACAGUGAACUCCGCACCGUCAUCGUCCUCAAGUGACUUUGUCCUGCCUCAGGCUGUCUAUAAAGUUUAUUUUUAUU